AUGUUUCGCUUUAGCAAAACCCUCGACCCCAUCACCCUCUUCCACAACCCAAACCUCGCCCCCUCAACCCGAACCCUAAACAUCCUCAAGCAAGCCUCAGCUGCUGCUGCAUCCUCCGCAACCGAAGACCAAGCCAGCGACCACAGCACCCACUCAAAGCAACAACGCGGCCAAUUCGAAUUGGAAGUCACAACCGACAACCCAACGACCGAUCAGCUGCGCUCGAUCCUGGAUUACAUCUCGCCGACCAGUGGCACCGGUGGUCUGGGUAACAAGGAGACUUACGCUGUUUCUGAAUUGAUUCGUGGUGCCAGGACUGCUGAGGAAGCGUUGAAGAAGUUCAAGGAGGAUCCCUCUGGGAGCUUUGUUAAGCCUAUCACUGUUGAUUGGACCAAUGGUCGUGCUGUUAUUGGUGAUCAGGAGUCUGCUAUCUUGAAGAUGGUUAGACAACUUCCUGAUAACUAG